GGCGGAAGCCGCCGGGCCGGGAGCUGGAUCCGGCCAUGGCGCUCGCCGCGCUCCUGCUGCUGCUGCUGGCGGCCGCCCCGGCCCCAGCCCCGGCCCCGGCCCCGGCCCGGGCCCCGCGGGCGGCCGACGCGCGGCAGGAGGCGGCGGUGCGGGAGCUGCUGCAGCGGCUGCUGGGGCCCCGGGCGGCCGCCGGCUUCGCCGUCUCGGUGAACCGCUCGCUGGCGGCCGGCGGGCUGGACACCUACCGGCUCAGCUCCCCGCCCGGGGCCCAGGAGCGGGUGCGGGUGGCCGGGUCCAGCGGGGUGGCCGCCGCCGCCGGCAUCUACCGCUACCUGCGGGAGCUCUGCGGCUGCCACGUGUCCUGGUCCGGGGCGCAGCUGCGGCUGCCGGACCCGCUGCCCGCGGUGCCCGGGGUGAUCAGCGCCACCAGCCCCAACAGGUACCGCUACUACCAGAACGUCUGCACCCAGAGUUACUCCUACGUGUGGUGGGACUGGCCUCGCUGGGAGAGAGAGAUCGACUGGAUGGCGCUCAACGGCAUCAACCUGGCGCUGGCGUUUACUGGGCAGGAGGCUGUGUGGCAGCGGGUGUAUCUGUCCCUGGGCCUGAACCAGUCUGAAAUAGACGAGUACGUCACCGGGCCUGCCUUCCUCGCCUGGAACCGCAUGGGGAACCUGCACACCUGGGCAGGGCCCUUGCCCCUGUCCUGGAACCUAAAGCAGCUGUAUUUGCAGUACAGGAUCCUGGAGAGGAUGCGGUCAUUGGGAAUGAUCCCGGUGCUGCCGGCGUUUGCGGGGCACGUCCCCAGGGGCGUCUUGAGGGCUUUCCCUCGAAUAAACGUCACUCGACUUGGGAGCUGGAGCAACUUCGACUGCACCUACUCGUGUGCCUACCUCCUGGACCCCGGAGACCCCAUGUUCCAAGUGAUCGGGACCCUCUUCCUGAAGGAGCUGAUCAGAGAGUUCGGCACGGAUCACGUCUACAACGCGGACACCUUCAAUGAGAUGAGCCCCCUGUCCUCCGACCCUGCCUACCUCUCGGGGGUCAGCGCUGCCGUCUUCAGGUCCAUGACCGGAGCCGACCCCGACGCGCUCUGGCUCAUGCAGGGAUGGCUCUUCCAGAACCAGCCUGACUUCUGGCAGCCGGCCCAGGUGCGGGCCCUGCUGCGCGGCGUCCCCAGCGGCAGGAUGAUCGUGCUGGAUCUCUUUGCGGAGUCCAAGCCCGUGUACCAGCGGACAGAGUCCUUCUACGGGCAGCCCUUCAUCUGGUGCAUGCUGCACAACUUCGGCGGCAACCACGGCCUCUUCGGCACGGUGGAGAGCAUCAACCGGGGGCCCUUCGACGCCCGGCGCUUCCCCAACUCCAGCCUGGUGGGCACCGGCCUGGCCCCAGAGGGCAUCGAGCAGAACGACAUGGUCUAUGAGCUGAUGAGCGAGCUGGGCUGGCGCCAGGAGCCGCUUGACCUCCAGCAGUGGGUUGCCAACUACGCCCAGCGGCGCUACGGCGCCAGGAACGCGGAGGCCGCCGGCGCCUGGCAGCUGCUGCUCCGCAGCGUCUACAACUGCUCGGGGAUCUGCGUCAACCACAACCACAGCCCGCUGGUGCGCCGGCCGUCCCUGCGCAUGGCCACGGAGCUGUGGUACAACAAGAGCGACGUCUACGAGGCCUGGCGCCUGCUGCUGGACGCCGCUGCCGAGCUGGGGGCCAGCCCCACCUUCCGCUACGACCUGGUGGAUGUGACCCGGCAGGCCGCGCAGCAGCUGGUGAGCGAGUACUACCUGGAGAUCAAGCAGGCCUUUCAGAGCCGCUCGCUGCCGGAGCUGCUGACUGCCGGCGGGGUGCUGCUGUACGACCUGCUCCCGGAGCUGGACGCCCUCCUGGCCAGUGACCCCCACUUCCUGCUGGGCCGCUGGCUGGAGCAGGCUCGGGCCACAGCCACCAGUGACAAGGAAGCCGAGCUAUACGACCUGAACGCCCGCAACCAGGUGACGCUGUGGGGACCCAGCGGCAACAUCUUGGACUACGCCAACAAGCAGCUUGGGGGACUGGUGCUGGACUAUUACCGGGUGCGCUGGAGCCUCUUUGUCUCGGCGCUGGUGGAGAGCCUGAACACCGGCACCCCCUUCCACCAGGAGCAGUUCAACCAGGCCGUCUUCCAGCUGGAGAGGGGUUUCGUCUACAACGGCAAGCGCUACCCCUCCCAGCCCGCUGGCGACACGCUGGAGAUCGCCAGGAAGAUCUUCCUCAAGUAUUAUCCCCACGCCAUGCGGCGCGGCCGGGCAGGGGCUGCGUGAGGGUCGGCGGCUCUGGGACUUUCCGGGGAUGGGAGUGGCGUCUCUGCGGCUGGCCCGGUCUCUCCCACUCCGGAGAUGCUGGUGUCCCCAGCUUCUGUCCCCCCUCCCAAGCCUCUGCCAGAGCCUGAACCAAGGCCCUGGACCCAAAGGGAAACCGAGCAGGAGCCUUGUGCUGCGUGUGAGCGAUGCCGCCGCUUGGGCGGGAGCAGGUCCGGGCUGGACCUGCCAGUGCAGCGCAGCGAGCUGGGGAAUGAGCUCCCGGGGAACGGGCUGGAGGGACUGAUCCUGCACUGGCCUCGGGGCGCUGGGAUGCUCUGAGGAGGGAAUCGCUUCGGAACAGGCUGAGGGGCAGGAAAUGCAGCGGGACCCUCCCAAGCUCUCGGCCCGGGGAGGGGAGUGUUAACACGCUGCUAUUCUGGGCGCUAAAGAACAAAAAAGGAGGUCGCAAAGCUCCAAUCCUGCUGCUUUGAUGCCGUUGCAAAGUGCACGUUGCAGCCGGCUCCCUGCGUAUCGCAAUUGCAGCCGGCUCCCUGCGUAUCGCACCCCUGGCCAGGGCUAGGAGGAGACGCUGCCUCGCCCGCACCUCCCAUCUGUCCCUGGCUAGGGGGUGCUGCCUCAACUUCUCCUGUUCCCCCGAAACUGCCUCCCAGCCCCUGAGUGUUGGAGCAGUUCCAAGGGCUGUCCCCACGCUUCUCCCCACAUGCUCUCUCUGCUGGUCUCAAAUGGGGGCAGAUCUGCCCCAGAACAGCGGCUCGCCCACGUGGGGUUAUUCCUAGUGCCAGGACCUGUCCGGCUGGGGGCCGGCUCCCCACUCCGAACCCCUGGGUGCCUUUGUACUAAACAAAAACAGACUUUGGGGAUAUAUUUUUACGAGGACAGUUAUAUUUUUACACCAGGGACCCCCCCCACUCCUCCUCCUCCCAGAGUGCUCUUCUGGGCCUUGCCCCCUUCCCGCACCAGCACGUGAGCUCCCAAGCCGAGCUGGCAUGUGUCUGAAUUCCAGUUGCUGCCAUCCUCUCUGGAGAGCGAGGGCUGCCGCCGGAGCACGGGGCUGGGCUGCAGUGGGACUGUCUCUCUUUUAGCCGAAUGAUUUUUAUACACUUGUGUACGUUGGCAGCACUUUCCAAUUAAAGACCUGGAAUCCCUUCA